CUGGGCCGGGCACAGAGAUAAAGGCAGGGAGUUAUGUAACUCUCUGUUAAAGAGCCCGAUCCUGCGCUCUCCCCUUUCCUUUCGGGAAUUAGAGCUUUGUUUGGGGAUCCAUUUGAGCCACAGCCAUCCACGCCGAGCUCCUGCAUCCUGCUUUACAGCCCCGCACAUCUGCAGCGCUACAGUAUCACCCAUGGCAAAUGAAUCGAGGCCCUGCCCCUGUGACAUUGGGGACAAGUUUGACUAUGGAGGCCGUGGGCAGGAGGUGCAAGUUGGGCACAUCAAGGCGUACAUCUGCAAACCUUCUGCCAGCACCGACAAAGCUGUCAUUGUGAUUCAUGAUAUAUUUGGGUGGCAACUCCCAAACACCAGAUACAUAGCUGAUAUGCUAACAACUAAUGGAUACAUAGCCAUCUGCCCAGACUUUUUUGUGGGACAAGAAGCUUGGAAACCUUCUAAUGACUGGGCAACUUUCAAUGACUGGGUGAAAACACGAGAAGCCGGCAAAAUAGACAAAGAAGUUGAUGUCGUCCUCAAGUAUCUAAAGGACCAGUGUGGUGCGAAGAGGAUUGGUGUCAUUGGGUUUUGCUGGGGUGGAGCAGCAGUGCAACAUCUGAUGCUGAAAAAUCCCCAUUUAAAGACCGGAGUGUCCCUUUAUGGAGUGAUCAGCCGUUUUGAGGACAAGCAGAGUCUGCUGCAUCCCACCUUUUUCAUUUUUGGUGAGAAGGAUAACAUUGUUCCAUUGGAGCAGCACUCAGCGAUGGCAGAGAGCUCAGCUGUGACCGCAGCAGUGCCAGAGAGAGCAGCACCCACCAAGCUGGAGGAGCUCCUGGAGAUCACGGCUCAGAGCCUGGUGCGCGCCGAGGUGGCUGAGCACUAUGAGGUUGUUCGGGAGCUGGGCAGGGGCAAGUAUGGCCACGUGAUGCUAGUGACCCACAGGCAGAGAGGGACUCCUAUGGCCCUCAAACUGCUACCCAAAGCCAGUACCAAGCUGCACACCUUCCUGUAUGAGUAUUGUGUAGCACUGUCCCUCGCCACCCACCCUGCCAUCAUCGGCAUGUUCGGAAUUGCCAUUGAGUCCAGCCAGUACUAUGGCUUCCUCUACGAACCAGCGCUGCACAAAGACCUCAUCUCUAUCAUCAAACCCCGUGAUGGGAUCCCUGAGCCGGCCGCAAAGCAGUGUGCCAAGCAGCUGGUGAGCGCGCUGGAGUUCAUCCACAGUCGGGGGCUGGUGUACCGUGACAUCAAGCCCGAGAACGUGCUGCUUUUUGAUCCCGACUGCCGGCUCGUCAAACUCACUGACUUCGGCCUCACAAGGCCCAAGGGCACCAAGCUCAAGCUGGUGGCCGGGGUAAUCCCCUACACCGCCCCUGAGCUGAGCAACACUGCUGAUACCCAGGGGGUGCCCAUUGACACCAGCAUGGAUGCCUGGGCCUUUGGGGUAAUGCUUUUCUGCCUGCUGACCGGCUACUUCCCCUGGGAGCAGAGCCUGCCAGAGGACCCUUUCUUUGAGGACUUCAUGCAGUGGCAGGAGACAGGCCUGGAGAAGGACGUGCCCCGGCACUGGAGGCGCCUGACGGCCGAGGCUGCCGGCAUGCUGCGGAGCCUGCUGGCUCUGGAUCCCGCCAAGCGCGGCCCUGUCAGCGCCGUGCUGCGCUACGUCGGCUGCCCUUGGCGGCAGGAGGACGGACGCGGUGAGGAGGCUGCCGUGAAGUCCUAGGGCCGUUCUAGGCCCUGCUCCCCAUGGCAGGAAGGAGGGUCGGAGCCUGCAAGGGGCUUCAGGGUUUGGGCACCAUGAUGGCCUGGGCGUGAGACACCGUGGUGACCCAGAGAGCAACUUCUCUGCUGCACUGUCCCUGCUGCCACAGAGCCAAGCUCCUUCCCCAGCAGAUGGCCCUCACCCCAGGACUCAGUGCUGCCCAGUGCAGCCUCCUUGUGGCUUGGAAACAUCUUUCUCUUGGAAAUGACUGCGUGUGAAGCAUCCACUUGUUUCCUAGCCACAGGAACUCCAGGGAGUUAUUUAGGCUGCAGCACUUGCCGUGCCUCAAAACAGCAAAAUAUGUACUUUUGUGUUUCUGUAAGUGGCUUGUUUUCCCUCAUAAUAAAUGCCUGUUGGGACCUGCUUGCUGUUGGAAAGCACCCAGCAUGUCAGAACUUGCAGCUGUCUCAGGACAAGCUGUCCAAGGCAUGGGCCAUCUCUGGAUGCUGCCUGUGCCCUCACCAGGACCCCUGGAGGGUGGCUGCAGGCUGGUGGAUGGGCUGGGGAGAUCCCAGCACGUGGCUGUGGAUUAUGGCUGGGGAACAUUCAUGGUGUUGGAGGUUAUCUCAUGCCAGCCCAAACACAUUUCUUCCCUUGUAUUGCCUUCAGGUCCUAAGACAAUGUCCUUCAUGCUCCUUUAAAUGCCUGGCUAACCCUCUGCAAGACCUUUCUUCUCCCCUUUCCUAUCACUUCUUUAACCCUUCCCUAGACACACACCUCUCCUAAUGCCCUGAUAUCAUCCUAGGUGCACGUUUGAAUUCUGAAAAGGAGUAGCAAAGAGGGAAUUAGGGGUUAGUAGUAAUUUUUACUUUUCUACCUCUUUUCAAUCCCCAGGAUUUUGCUGUUGGUAAUAAUCCCUUCCUGCACUUAACCUGGUCUUUUGCUGGAAACAUUCACAGCUUGUUUUUCACUCUCAGGGGCUUCAUAACUCCAAAAACUGCAGUGUCCCAGCACUAUACUUUCUAGCAUUUCAGCUUUUUUUUCAUGUCAGACCCUUCCUGUACGCAGUCCCUCUUCUAUGCUUCCCCAACCUGCAGCUUUUUUUGUCCACCUUCUUCUCCCCCACUGGCAUUUUAGCAUGUCUUAACUUUUCUACCAAUACUACCUAUCACCUGGUAAAUACCUUUUGCUCAUCACCUCUGUACUACUGUUUUGUGCUGCUCCUGCUCCCUACAUCAUUUAUGUCUUGAGUCUUCCAACUCCCCAACCUAGCUUACCAAAGAGCGUUAUGCUCACACUGUUCAAGAUACAGUUUUCUUCUGCUUACUUCCAUCUCUUACAAUUUUUCAUUACUUGAAAUCAUAAUAAAUGCUGCUCAACUCCAGCCUGCUGAGAUUGGCUUUAAUUACUCUUUAAUUACUGUAGGAAUAGCAGAGAGAUGUUAAGGUGCCAACAUGGUUCCUGCAUUUAGAGUGGAAAAGCUUUAAGAUGAA